CUGCUGACGUUCUGUGUUUUGUUUGUUAAAAUUUGUGUUUGUUUCUCCUUAAAUUGGACAUAAGUGUUUGUUGUAAACUUAAUGCAUAUACCCGCAACAUUUCCAUUGUGCUGGCGUGCACCUAUGAAUAAUUGUACUGUGAUAAGUGUGAUAAACGAGAGACUUUAAGCGAAACUCAAGCAACAACAACAACAACAAGUGCUCAAUUAUCAGUAAUUUACAAUAUUAGGAAACUUGAUUCCAUAAGCCAACAAAACUGAACUGAUUCAUGUUUAACAAUAAAUGAGCCAGCGAUUAUAUAACAAGUAAACAGAGAAGAACAGAAACCGAACAGCGAACAACAAAUACCGAAAGCGAACGAGCGAAAAGCAUUAGAACCGAAGUUCACCUCGCCCCCAGCGUACAAAAUGCGAAUCGUUGGCUCCAAUAUGCUGUCCGCCCUCAAGCGGCUUUCAGUCAGCCACCAGAAUCAGCCGAUCUUGGCCAGCAAUCGCGGCAGAACACAGUCGCUAACACUACGAUCAGUCCACAGUCAAUUUGGGACAAUGAGUCUGCCGGAACGGAAACCCUUCACGCCGGACUUCUUCUUCCGGCAACUGUUCGAUGGGGAGAGCAGCACCUACAGUUAUCUGCUGGCGGACCUGAAGACUGGCGAGGCCGUGAUCAUCGAUCCCGUGCUGGACCAGGCCAAGCGAGAUGCCCAGCUGGUGAAGGAAUUGGGAUUCAAGCUCAAAUAUGCCAUCAACACACACAUGCACGCGGAUCACAUAACGGGCAGCGGCUGGCUCAGAGAGCUGACGGGCUGCCAGUCGGUGAUUGCCGCCGCCAGCGGUGCCAAGGCGGACCGCCACCUGCAUGAGGGCGAUCGCGUCGAUUUUGGGAGUCAUGUGAUUGAUGCACUGGCGACUCCUGGGCACACCAAUGGCUGCAUGAGCUAUGUGAUCAAGGAUCAGGGCUGUGUCUUCACUGGCGACACACUCCUCAUACGCGGCUGCGGACGCACAGACUUCCAGGAGGGCAGCCCCAAGAAUCUGUACGAAAACGUCCACAGCAAGAUCUUUACGCUGCCCGAGAACUAUCGCAUCUAUCCGGCCCAUGACUACAAGGGACAGAUGGAGAGCAGCGUGUGGGAGGAGAAGCGAUACAACCCCCGACUGACCAAGGAUCUGGCAGAGUUUAUCAAAAUCAUGGACAACCUCAAUCUGCCGUAUCCCAAGAAGAUAGACGCCUCGCUGCCCGCCAAUCGAGAGUGCGGGGUCUACGAUAUUCCCAAGGAGUAAAUCAAAUUCCCAUGAAGACACUUCGAGUGCAGCUAAUCCAACAUAAAUAUAUCAAAAUACUUCCAAGAGAUUUGUAAUCUAUAAAAUAAACAAGCCUGCGUAAUCCACACUCAAA